AAUAAUUAUUGAGGUCAAAGGGUAAUUUAAAUGGGCAUUAAUUAAAGCACAGAGGCUAUUAACAGGAGUAUUGUAGGGAACGCAUGAAAAAUGGAGCUGGACAGACUCAUGGCUGAGAGACUUUUGUCUAAUGAGGCAGGUCCACAAGCACAUGACAAGGUAUUAGCUGCUCUUAGAGAUACAGCAGCUGCUAUAGUUGAGAGCACUCCUACUCAAGCCCAACACACUCUAGUGAGCCUCCAGACACUCUUCACCACUCACCCUCUCUCUCCCACAACACUCACAACCACACUGGCAACUAUAGAAACUGCUCUCACCAUUUGUUCAUCUGUCAAUGCCUCAACAGAAUUAUCAGACCAUCUUGCAUGUCUCUUCAAGACAACCUAUUCUCUACUAAAGAGUGCUGUGGGGCUCAUGGACACUAUGAUGACCUCUGACCCCCAACUACCGGCAACGCUAACAGCUUUGCUUGGUGUAGCCGCUGCUUCAAUGACCUUUGACCCAUCAAUGGUGGCUGUGUGUUGGAAGGGCCUUGGGCGUGGGCUACCUAAGGUCAAAGGUCAUGCAGUUGCUAUACUCAUAGUCAAAGAGCUGUGUAUUGUGUUAGAGAAGAUAUAUUGCAAGUGUCCAGGGGAAAAAGAGGUCAAAUUAGCUACCUUCCUUGGAAAUCUUCUGUGUCGAACCAUUCAGGAGUGUGAUGAUGGUGGAUGGUGGGAAGGAGAUGUGAUCAAAUGUUGUGUGGCUAUUCUGAGUAAAGGAGAGUGUGUUGUGGAGGAAGCCUUUGCAUUAGCUGAUGCGUUGCUCUCAAUACUGACUCAUAGGAGAUCAUGUCUAGAGCUGCUGAUGACCCCCACCAUCACUAACCAGCAUUGUCUGGGCAGACUGUUGUGUCUCUGUGUACUUGUUCACCACCUCCCCAAGCUACAAGAGGAGUUGAUAGAGUAUUGUCUGGGGCCUCUAGUGGAGACCAGGGCAACGUGUCCACUAGUUGAGUCCCUCUUGAUUUGCCUGAGUCAGAACUAUGUGUGGUUGCAGGUUCCUGUCAGAGUACCAGGUCCUAAGAUGGAUGGCAUGAUAACUCUAAAGAGUGUGUCCCUGUCUGAGUGUGUGGCCUGCAGUCUGAGUCUCCUCACUCUCAUCACACCCCCUCAAUAUCUGGGCCAUGUGGAGUGGAGUCUGUUCAGAGGUGUCCUCUCACCACUACUUCAUGUAUCAUUACUGGCCAUUGAUGCUCUGUUCUACCAUGCUAGACGAUGCUCACAGUCAGUGCAAGCACACUACAUCCAGCUGAGUCAGGAACUUCUGAAACAAAUGACAUCGCAAAGUUUGUCUGUUCUGCUCCAUAGACUCAUGAGGCUGCCUUCUAUCUCUUUGUUGCCUCCACCUUCUCACAUAUUACCUAAUGAUUUGAUUGGGAUGGAAAUGGAUGAGGCCACUGGAACAAGGCUAGCUUCUCAUCUCCUCACACACUCUAAAGAGAACAGUUCAAAUGUGGCCAGAUACUUGAGGAUCCUCAUAUCCUCACCCUCUUGGUUGGUGCAUACCCUGGCAUUGGAAGCAUUCACAGCUAUUGCAAAGGUAUCUGCAGACACUACGUAUGUGGAGAGUUGUGUGCCUCCUGGAUACACUGAUGCUACUCUACACUUCCUACAACAGAGGGCUAGUGGAUAUUGGUCAGAGGAGACUGUGAAGAUGGGUCUGACACAACAAGGACGAAGCUACCUUGCUCAAUCACUGUAUCUCAUCAUUAACUCUGUUACUAUGAGACUUGUAUUAUAAACAAUUUUGGCCCUAACUGAUGCACAAAUCAUAAUUGUUGAACAGUAUAAUGCCUGGAAACCACCCCCCUUUAAUUAUUUGGGUUAUAAUCAGGGUGAUGUGUACUCUCUAGUGAUGUAUAGUAAUUAGGGUGGUACAACCAAGGCGAGUGUAUGCUGUGCUUGUGCUUGUAGCUGUGUGUUGUAUGGGUGACUAUUCUAUUCUCUUCAUGUGCAACUGAGGGAGUACCACCAUACAAUGGACCAACCAACCACUCCAUCAUCCUGCCACUUGAACAGGAGGAGACCUCCACUGAGUUCGUUUCUUGUACAUGAUUCUGCAGCCACACUCUUGACAACGAAUCGGAUCCCUUGGUUUCACCUCAUUCUCACUGUGACACUCUGUGUUUGUGGAGUGGGCGGCAUGUGUGGUGUGGCUCCAAUUUCCCCUCCCUUUCAAUGAUGACUGAGUGUCCAUAGCUGGGUAUUGAAUAACAGUUGACCUUUUUUUAGCAACAUUUCUGGUCACUUUUCUCAUUUCCCCCCUCUACUUCAAAAUCCUGUAUGACACCCUUGGGCAGUGUGUGUGUGUGGGGGUGUGCAUAUCUCCACAGAUAUAAGUAUGUCAUGGGUUGCUUGGAUUGGUUGGGGGGGGGGAGCAUUGGGGUUAGGUGUAGCUCCUCCUGAUGCGGCUAGCUGCUGUGCUGGGAUCCAUUUUCGAAAAGCUAAAGGUCUUCUGCAGCAUGCAUGGGAUAAAAGGGGUGGGGCUGGUCUGAAGGUUACUGCGCAUGCGUAUAAGUACACUUGCGGCUGUCUGGGACAGAUUUCGCAAUACCCACAAUAAGUACUCUUGCGGUCCUUAUCGGUGGGAACUGCCGGUCUCCAUGGCAUCUCCACGAAGACUCUGACGUCAAUCGCCUGGAAUAUUCCCAGAUCCAGUUCCAGAAGCUCAGUUCCUUUGAAGAAGCUCAGUGUCUUGCUGGAAGAGAAUCAUUGCGAGCCUUCCACGGUGUUGCAGAAUCAUCGCGAGCCUUCCAUUGUGUUGCCUUCCUGCGGAGCAGCGCGUGCAUUCUUCAGCCAUGGAAGGAUAGGAGCUGGAUCAUCCGAAGCAGUGCAGGCUGCAGGAGUUAUUUGUAAGUUGAAGCCGUACGUCUGCAUGUUCAUCUUGUCUUGUGUGUAGCUUGUUGCAUGUGGUGUGUGUGUAUGUUAUUGCAGCUAUUGAUUGGAUUGUUCACUCUCUGGCCUUUAAGUGUAUCGGUGUUGCUUGGUUUGUUGAGAGUGGAAUGUUUCUGUUUCUGAUAUUCCUUGUGUCUAAGUGUGGUGGCCUCUUCUUGACUGUGAGGUGUGUAGGUCAUGCAGCUUAAUAGAUACAUACUUGCCAGCAAAGCGCACGUUGAAUGCAUGUAUGCAUGGCUAAACUCGUGUUAAUUGGUGUUGCGCUUAUAAUUUGUUUUUCAUGUACACGUGGCUAAGAGUCCAUUAUUCUGCAUGGCCUUGAACCUUUUGGUGGGGGGGGGGAGGGGUGGGGGUGGUGUCCGUAGCACUAGAGUAAUCAAUCAGAAUGUGUGUGAAAGGUUCUUCAACAGUCGGGUCGCAGGACAGCAUCUUCUUGUUCUUGGAACCGUUGUCGAACCAGCCUUCGGGGUGCAACGAUUGAUUAUUCAUGGCAUUCCAGUCUACGGAGGGAACACUCUGUUGUUAGUACCUGCCUAAGGGGAAAGCAGCACAGGGUAUGUUCCCCCGGGAGCAUAUCCUGUCAUAAUAGGGAGUGUUGAGAUCUCGUUAUCUGUUCCAAUAGUUAGUUAGCUAGACAUUAGCUAGUUAGUCGACUGCUGGUUCCUGGCUAUGCUAUGUGAAGGCUUAAAUAUGCUUUUUAUGAUGCCUUUUUUUAGUCAGGUGGAUGGAAUUGGUAAGUUCAGGCUUCAACUAAACCCUAGGUGCAUGUGCCAAGGGAACUGUAGCCUUUGACUGGCUUGGUGGAAGAGUAGUCUUGAGCACUUGUGCAAACCUUGCAUGCCAGGCUUGUUACAACUGGAGUCGACAAGUGCUUCAAGAGCAAGGAGGUGUUAUCUCUGUGAGUCUACUGUUGUUGAACCAUCCCACACAUUCUGGUUGAUUACUUCUGUGCUCAGUUAAUGGUACUCACAGUCACAGGGUCCCUUUAGUUUAGUAUGCCCUUAUUGUAUUAGUCCCUUGGGCAAAGAAACUACUGGACUACUGGUGGUGGUCCUCUUGUGGUUGAUUUGAUUGGUUGUGGUUGGUUUAUUAUGGGAAGUUCUGUCUUCUCUGCACAGUUGGUGCAUGUGGAUGAGAAUUAUUUUUGUGUCUGAAUUGGUGGUCUUGUUGUGUAGUCUUGCUGUUGAAUUGAUUGGUGGUUGUUCUCAUCUCUUCUCUGCACAGCACAAACAGCUAUAUAGUUUGCUAUUAAUUUUGUUGUCUGGUGUUAUAACAUUGUAUUGUAUAAUUAUGUGUAUUGAUAAUACUAGGCUGAUGGUUGUCAGCUGUGGUGGUGAUUGGCUGGUAUUGUAUUGUGUGGAGUUGAUGGUUUUGUUUGAACUGCUGCUCUCAUGCAUUUGCAGUCACAAUGCACACACACACACAGCUCCUCCUACUAGCUGCUGUACUAGUGUUCCAUUCUCUCACUGCUUUUGUCUCCUCUUUCCCCCAGGUACAGACAAGCCAUGCUGAAUCCUGGGAGAAUCACUAACCUGAUCAAUGUCUGCAUAAUUAUUAUUAUUAUUGCAGGUUUAAAGGGGCGGGGCUUGACUGUACGCCCCCACAUCUCUCUUCAGGGGGAGGGGCUCAGGUCUCAACGCCCACUAAUUACUAUCCCACUAUAAGUAUUACUGAUCUAUAGAGAGGUGAAUUGUCUCUGUAUGUAUGCAGCCAUGGAUACAUUAAAGAUGAGUAGGGCUGGCUGGCUACAUGUGAAGUGUGUCGUAUAUUCUGUGAUGUGUAUAGGUAGAUGUCUGCAUAGCAAAAGAUAGCCACUGUAACAGCAUGCACACAGAUGAGUAGCUAGCUAUGUUGUGUGGCAAGUCUUUCAUGCUCUCUGUGUGUAGGUUGAUUGUGUGUGGAGGAGCCACUGUAACAGCAUACACACAGAUGAGUAGCUAGCUAUGUUGUAUGGCAAGUCUUUAUGAUCCCCAAUGUAGGUUGAUUGCGUGUGGAGGAGCCACUGUAACAGCGUACACAGAAUGAGUAGCUAGCUAUGUUGUAUGGCAAGUCUUUCAUGCUCUCUGUGCAGGUUGAUUGUGUGUGGAGGAGCCACUGUAACAGCAUGCACACAGAUGAGUAGCUAACUAUGUUGUAUGGCAAGUCUUUAUGAUCCCCAAUGUAGGGGGAUUGCGUGUGGAGGAGCCACAUACACACAGAUGAGUAGCUAACUAUGUUGUAUGGCAAGUCUUUACGAUCCCUCCAGGUUGAUAACUUGGGAUGGACAGCAGUAACCAACACUAUGAGCAAUUAAGCAGCUUGACUUAUUCUGAUGGCUGCUGCAAACAAUGAUUGUCGUUGUUCAUGUUUUGUAUUUUUAUGACAACAUUUAUAAUUCUUUUAUCAAUAAUAAAUAAUUGAGAGUUGACAA